UGUGUUCUCCACCCACCGAUUCCAUUGUACCUCUCUCUAUAUAUUUAUACUAUACUAUACAGAGAGUUAUAGAUAUUAUACAGAUACAUGCAUAGAGAGUAAGUGGCUCUUUACUACUCUUCAAUGCUCGGUUUCGGCUAUACAAUGGCGAUUUUUGAGAAUAUGGGAGAGAAUCGGGUGGGGCUGUUUUGUUCUCUCAGGUCCAUUGAAACUAUAACCCACUAAGUCUCAAAAGCAAAAGAAAACAAAAACAAACGGAUCAAUUUUUCUUUAUUAUUUUCCUGUUUUUGUUUCUUUCUUCCUCCUUCACUCUCAAGCAUAACGUUUUGUGUUUCACUGACGAACAAAGUGCAAGUAAGUCGCGAGUGAAAAAAAAGGAUUUUUUUUUUCUUCUCUGCUUCAAAUAAAGCUCUCGUCUUUUCAAAGAUAAUGAAACUUUCUGAUCGUUAAGUUACGGAAACUAUGAAGACAGUUUAGUUAUAAAGUAUUGAUUUUUUCAGUGAAUUAUGCUGAAUAAGAGAUCGAGAAGCAAACAAACAUUAAUGGCGAAUACGAACCAGAAACAGAGUAAACCGACGCCGUUUCCGCGGCUAUUCACAGCUUUCACCAGCUUCAAAAGCUUCACCGAAAACGACGCCGUCGCCAGCCCAACCUCUAUCCUCGACACCAAACCUUUCUCUGUUUUGAAAAACCCUUUCGGACCCGACAGCCCGAAAAUCCACGAACCCGAGAUCCGGCUCAAGCUCGAACCCAAAAGAAUCGGACUCGCCCUUGUCGAUACUCUCAUCCAAGAAGAACCCGGAUUCUCACGACCAAGAUCCGGCUCCAUUCUAUUCGGGUCACAGCUCCGGAUCCGGGUCCCGGACUAUCCACGAUCAUCGGCGGAUUUCGGGACCAAAACGAAGAAUUCCCCGAUCUUCCCUCCGCCGGAAGAGACGAAGAGAUUGGUUUCCGGGCCGGGUCUCGGGUCGGCCCGAAUCGUCACGGCCUAUUUCUCGACCAGCGAUAUGGAACUAUCGGAGGACUACACGUGCGUGACGUGUCAUGGGCCUAACCCGAGAACGAUCCAUAUAUUCGAUAACUGUAUCGUUGAGAGUCCACCCGGCGUCGUUUUUUUUCGGAGGUCCGACACGGUUCACGAAUCGGAUUAUUUACCACCCGACAGCUUUCUCAGUACCUGCUGUAACUGUAAGAAGAAUCUUGGUCCUCGUGAUGACAUUUUCAUAUAUAGGGGAGACAGAGCUUUCUGUAGCAGCAAAUGCAGGUCUCUGGAGAUGAUGUCGGAGGAAAAUGACAUUUAGUGGAAUAAGCUUUUUUGAGAUUAUAAAAUGUUAUGAUAAUGACUAAAAUAAAUAACUGUAGUAUUAAGAUGAAAAUGUUGGAUAAUAACUUUUGCUUAGUUGCUUUUUUGCUAGAGGCAGAGCUGGUAUCUAUGUGUAUUAUGUGUCUACAUGCAUAAUCAUAUACUUCAUCUUUUACUUUUUA